AUUUUAAUGAGACUAUACCUCUACUAUUCUGUCUUAUCGAAAAAAAUAAAAACUUUCCCCUAAUUAAAAAAAAAAUCGUUCAAAAAAUUCCAAUGGAACAAAUUAAAUACGAUCCGACUGAAGUCGAUUCUGAAAAAACAUCGACAAAAUUAGAAGAUAUUGAUGAUCCAUUAGAAAGAUCAGCAAAACGAACAGAAUUAAUACAGAGUACUGAACAAAGAUCAAUAUCCGCGGAGAAACCUGCUUGCGUAGAAUGGCAUGGAAUAAAUUAUUCUAUAUCUGAAGAAAAUAAUGUAUCCUGGUGGGAUAAAAUUAGAAAUUCUGAUUCUAAAUUAGAAUCUGGUAAUCAUGUACGAAAAAUAAUAGAAAAUAUUCAUGGCUGUGCUAAUCCAGGUGAGGUUCUCGCGAUCAUUGGACCUUCUGGUUGUGGUAAAACCACUUUGUUAAAUAUUCUUGGCGAUCGCGUUGGAAGUAAGGGAGUUGAAGGAACUAUAACUCUAAAUGGUCAUAAAAUAACGAAAAAUUCAAAGAGAUUUGUUGCUUAUUGUACUCAAGAUGCAAUCUUUUUCUCCCAUUUAACCGUAAAGGAAACUCUCAGUUACACUGCUCGAUUACGUCUUCCACGUGAAGUGCCACGACGUGAUAAAUUAAAACAAGUUGAAAAUAUUAUGGAAUUAUUAAAUUUGACGAAAUGUGCCAAUACGAUAAUAGGAGACCAUAUGACUCGCGGUGUAUCGGGAGGAGAAAGAAAACGAGCCAAUAUUGCAUCUGAGCUGUUAACAGAUCCAAGUGUCAUUUUACUAGACGAACCAACAUCUGGAUUGGAUUCUUCGUUGGCUCUUGAGAUUACAAAAAUUCUUAAAGAAUUCGCUGUUAAGCAAAAGAAAACCAUUAUUAUGGUUGUCCACCAACCUUCAUCUCAGGUAUUUGAAAUUUUCGAUAAAUUAAUGGUAAUGGCUGAUGGACAUAUGGUCUAUUUUGGUGAAAGAGCUGGUGCAGUGGAUUACCUUGCUGAUCAAGGAUAUAAAUGUCCCCCUAAUUUUAAUCCUGCUAAUUAUGCAUUGGAACUUUUAAACGAUAAUACAAUCAAGCAGAAAUUAAUAAAUGCAUAUACACAUAAAACUCGUGAUGAUCCAACUGGAAAACAAGUAGUCGAAAAGUAUUCUCGUAGAACGCGUGCUGAUGAUCAAUCCAAAUUAAAUGCACCGGUUACAAGUGAACGUCAUUGGGAAGCUACAUUUUUGCAACAACUCUCGAUUCUUACCGAAAGAACCUUUAAACAAAGUAGAAAAAUUAUCUUAUCAAAAAUUAGUAUAUCUAUAGCUAUUACUUUGACUAUAUCUUGUAUCAUAAUUUGGUUUCAAAUUCCUUUCGCUGAACCUAAUAUAGAUGAUCGUGUUUCAAAUAUUUUCUUCGGUGGUAUGAAUUGGACAUUCUAUGUAAUGAGUGAAUCAGUAUUAUCUUUCCCGUUGGAAUUAGACAUGUUAAUGAAAGAACGUCAAUCACGAUCUUAUCGUUUACUAUCAUAUUACUUAUCCAAACAAAUCGCCGAAUUACCUUUAGUCUUAUUUAAUCCUACAUUAUUUACUAUUCCAGUAUAUUGGGCAACAAAUUUAUUACCAGAUUUUGGUAGAUUUGUAGCAUAUUUAAUAGUAGUUUUACUUGGUGUAAUAACUUCUCAGAGUUUCGCUUAUUUUUUUGGUGCCACUAUAAUGGACAUACAAAAUAGUAUGGCUAUCAGUUUGAUAUAUUUGCUUAUAACUAUGUUAUUAGGUGGAUUUUAUGUAAAACAAUUACCAACUGGCUUAAAUUGGUUAAAAUAUUUUUCAUUUCUAAAAUACUCGUAUUCUUUGCUUUUGCAAAUUCAACUUGAUUCACCGAAAGCUCAAUUCAGAUGUGCUAGACCAGGAGAAUUACCUGCUGGACAAUUAAGUAUGUGUAACGUAGGAGAUAUGUCAAGUAUUCCCGGUAUUUCUAUAAUAGAGAAUCUAGGAUUAAAUGAUUUACCUUGGUAUGCUAACCUAAUAGUAUUAAUAGGUUUGUGUUUUGUAGUGCGUGUUCUUGCUUAUUUUUCAUUACGUAAAAACAGUAGGAGAGACUAAGGAGAAUAAUAAUAGUACUGUAGUUAUUAUAAUAGAAUACUCUACUUAUAUAAUUUUUGAAUCAUAUCUGAUAUAUGCUCUCGUGAUAAUUGACAUCAUUCACCUGUAUCGCUACAAUCAAGUUUUCUUUUUUUUUCAUUCAUGAAAUUACUUUUAAUCUAGAAGUAAAUUUAUAUAAUCACAAUAAAUUAUACA